AUGUCUUUACCCAAGGGUUAUAAAUGGCGUUCGUCUAAUUGGUUCAUCCUCUUGACUAUCGCAAUUGCGUUGUUCGCCGGUUUGUUUAUCCGACCUGUUGUUGUCACAUUCAAGGAAAUAUUAAUAUUGAAUAGAAAAUUUUCUGUAUGGAUUCCUAGUCCCAAUCUUGGGCUAUAUGCUUCGGGAGCGUCUCCAUAUAGACCCUCUCAAACUCAGAUGUUCACAUCUGCCGUGCUUGCCCUCCACGGCGCGCUUGCUAUGCUUUCUAGCCCUAUAAUUGGCCAUUUUGCCGAUAAGAGCCCAAACCGCAAAUCUUGGUUGUUAUCUUCUCUUAUAUUGUGCAUCAUCGGCACUUGCCUGGUUGCUGUCGCUCAUUCAGUCGGAAUUUUAAUCAUAGGCCGCGCAAUGCAAGGAGUUGCGGGCUCCGCCGUGUGGAUCAUUGGCUUUUCAACAGUCGCAAGCAUCUUUGAGGAGAACGAGCGAGGUUUUGGGCUGGGCAUGAUGACAUCAUUGGCUAACACGGGGACAAUUAUUGGACCUGCUGUAUCUGGUUUACUUCUAGAGGCUGCAGCACGUGUAAUCAUGAUCGAACUUGUGGAUACAAAUGCUCCUUUAUCUCUGGAUGACAAUUCACGGAGAACAGGUUCAGUUUCUACACGUGGGAGCGAACGAAAAUUCAGUAACGAUAAGGGUUUCUGGAGAAUAAUGCUAACUGAUGGUCGUGCUCUUACCUGUCUGCUAAUUACCAUCACCAUUCAAGAAAUAUAUGGAUGGGGCCCGACUAUUGCUGGUCUUCUUUUCAUCGGUCUUGUCGUUCCGGGUCUUCUCAUUGGUCCAUUGCCGGCUGGGCCCGUGACAGGCUUGGAGCCCGAAAUCCCGCUGUUCUGCCGGAAAAGCACUCCAGAAGCAGAACCCGACGCCUUUGGAUCUCAAGGCAGUUUAUCGCGUGUAUUUUCCAUGCUUGACGCUGGUGCUACUCUGGGGAUGAUGAUUGGCCCUAUUAUAGGUGGUUCAUUGAGGACGUUGAUUGGAUACACAUAUAUGAACUGGAUCUGGAGUCUUUCUUAUCUCAUCAUCGCCGUUCUUGCUCUGACAUUUCUUGAGCCUAAAGAGACAUACGAACCACUUGAGUCUGACGAAGAAAUUAGUAAAAGCACACAUGUGCUUGAACAAGAGGUGAAAUAA